AUGUCGGACUCGGGGCCUGACAGUGGGCCGGUAGCCCACCUGGCGGAGCUGGCCGCCAAGGAGGCCCGGCUCGCGGAACUGGAAGCACGUCUGGCGGAAGCGCACACCACCAAUAUACGAUUGACAUCUUCUUUGGAAGCUGCAGAGGCGGAGAACGCGGUGCUGCAGGCGCGAGUGGCAGCCGCGGCCAUGGCGUCAGCGGAGCCGUCGCCUCGCGGCGCGUUUGGUGUGCUGCCACCGACCACGGACCCAGCGCUGCUGGGCGUUCAGGACAAGAUCAUCAAGCUGACGCGUGACCAGAGUCUUGAGCGGCAGGGCGCAUUGACCAUCCUCAAGGAGGAGCAGCGGCGUUUGGCGGCCAUUCGCAAGGAGUACAUGGAGACUGAGCGCACCAACGUGGAGCUCAAAAAGAUGCUCGCACGGAUUGACAUCAAGAAGCUGAGGGAGCAGAAGGAGGCACUGGCGGCGAAGGCUGCUGAGGCUGAGCGGCUGGCCUCGGACGUAUCCUCCAUGGCGGCCUCUGUGCACCGGCUGGACGCCCUGAAGGCGGAAAGGGCCCGGCUGGAGCCUCUGCAAGGGGAGCUUACGGCGCUGGAGGAGCAGCUCAAAGAGCUGCGGCAGCUGGAGGCCACACGCAAUGCGCUGCAGGCAAGGACGAUGGGAGGAGGUCUGGGCGGGACUUUUGUUGCCUGCACUGCCGCUGAGGUUGCGGGGCUGCAGCCCGCGGCUGUCGUGACGGAGCGCCUGCGCAAGCAGCUGGCUGCGCUGCGGGCUGACGCUGCCGCCGCGGAGGCCCUUCAAGAGCAGGUGUCCGCGCUGAGCCCGGUGGCGGAGCAGCUGCCGGCGCUCAAGGCCCUGUACGCCAAGCUGCAGGCAAGCACGGCGGAGGUGCGGCAGCUGGAGAAACAGCUGGAGCAGCGCGAUAAGAUGGAGGCGCUGAGGCUUCAGCUGCAUGGGCAGCUUGAGGAGCUGCAUGUCAAGGUCGCAGGCAUUGAGGACCUGAAGCGCCAGGUGGAAUCUGCACAGCUGGCGGCGGGCGAGGUGAUGCAGCUAGAGACGCGGUUUGCGCAGCUGCAGUCCGUGGCGGCCCGCCUGCCGGUUCUGCGCGCGCAACACGAGAAGCUGGAGGCACAGUGUGCGGAGGUGGCAGACCUGGAGGGCGAACUGGCGAACCUCAAGCAGCAGGUGGCCCUACGCAACUCCCUGCAGCAGCAGAUUAACAUUCUUGCGCCCAAGGCAGCCGGCACUGAGGCCCUGCGCGCCGCCCUACGCGAGGUGGAAGCUCAGCUGGCGUCCAGCGAGGACUUGGAGCGGCAGCUGGUGCUCAUGCGCUCCAUGGCCAUGGAACGCCGCCGCGAGGGCGCCAGCCAGUUCGUGGAGGCCGUGUCCAACUUGGGCUUGGUGCCAGCAGUGGACCAGCAGCAGCACGAGCUUCGUGCCUCCGCUGGCGGCGCAGCGAACGCGGAGGCGGCCACUGCAGAGGACGGAGCGCUGGCGCCAAGCGUGUCCAGUGGCGGCGGAGCUCCCGCUUCCUUGGACAGGCCGCUGGUGCCAGCCGGCGGCCUCGCGUUCCCGGCGCCGCAGCCGCAGCCAUCGCGCAACGCCUCGGCAAUUUCGACGGCUGGUGCCAUUCGCGACGGCAGCCAGUUCGUGGAGGCAGUGACCAGUCUGGGGCUGGAGGUGCAGCGCAGCAUGGCGGGGCCGGUGCUGGCGCCCUCUGCGCCUGCGCCACUGACAUCGCCGUCCAGCGGCCAUGUCACACCACGGACGGGCCUGGCACCGCUGCUCGCCGCCGCCGCAGCUGCGGCACAUUCCACAGCCACGGCCACCCCGGCCUCAAACCGCUCCAGCCCGGGGCCAGUGGGGCUAGAUCAUACGCAGCAGUCGUGGCGGCAUAUGGAGCACGAGUACAAGGACAGGCUGGCGGAACUGGAGCAACAGCUGCGCGCCGCCUCAGGGGACUCGCAGCGGGUAGAGCUUGAGCAGCUGCGCGCGAGAGCGUCGGAGCUUGCUGCGGGGUUGCCGCCUCCCGAGGAGCUGGCGGCGCUGCGUGUGGAGGUGGUCACGCUCGAGGCGGCUGCAAAAGAGGCGCUGGAGCUCCAGGGCCAGGUGGCUGAGAUGCGGCUGCUGGCUGGACAGCGUCAGGAGCUUCAGCGGGACAUGGAAAAGAGCCUGAAGUCCCAGCUGGCACUGCUGGAGGAGCAGGCUCGAGAGGCGGAGAUUCUGGAGAGGCAGGUGCAGCAACAGAGCAACGUGGUGGCUAGGAAGCACGAGCUGGAGCUGCAGCUAACGGAACUGGAGGCAACCGCAGCGGAGAUCUACCUGCUGGACCGCUUGGUUGCGGGACGGAAGGAGACAGUGGCUAGAAAGCCGGAGCUAGAGGCCGAGCUGCAGCGGCUACAGCCGGAAGUUGACGUGGUAGACGAGCUCCGACAGCGGGUGGAGCGGGCGCAUGCAGCGCUGGCGGAACGAUCUGAGCUGGAGCUGCGGCUGGCGGAGCUGGGUCCGGUAGAGAAGACAGUGGAGGCGCUUAGGGAGCAGGUUUCGACACUGGACAUGAUUAUUGCGGAGCGCCCAGCCCUCGAAGCCCGGCUUUCCGAGCUUCAGUCCCAGGCGGCCGAGACAGCGCAACUGGAGGAACAGCUGGCGCAGGCUCGGGCCCUGGUGGCCAUUCAGCCCGAGCUUUUGGCCCAGCUGGCGGUGGUGUCCGGGCCCGCAGCGGAGGUGACUGCACUUCAAGCGAAGCUGGAGGAGCAGCGCGCACUGUCGGAGCGGCACGCAGAGCUCGAGGCCGAGAUUGAAGCCGCCGAAAUGGAAGUCGCUCGGAUCCGCACGCUGGAGAUCAUCGCCAACCGCUUACGGGCAGAUAUCAGUAAGGGCCCUGUGCUACAGUCGGAGCUUGCCAAACUCAGCGACACAGCCGACCGUCUGCAGGACGCGGAGGAGUCGCAGCUGCGGGCUGAGCGCGACGAAGCACGCGCACGGGUGGCGGAGCUGGAAGCAGAGCUGCGGCAUCAGCGCCAGACGGAAGGGCAGGGGAGGGGGCGACGUGACUUGCACGCCGUGCCAUUGGAGGGCGGUGAAACCGGCGACGAGGAGGGCGAGGAUGAGGACGAGGAACCGGAGCAGGUGUUGGUGGUCAAUAUGCUCGGGGAGAACGGGGAAGCGCGCGAAAUGGGGCUGGUCGAGGGCGGCAUUGCGCCCCGGCAGAGCCACAUUGCUCGGCAGCAGCAACUGAUGGAUAAGCGACUGUCACUACAGCAGGAAUUGCGGGACCUAAAGACCGUGGAGGCAGAAGUAACACGCCUGGAAGCCGCCAUACGCGCACUGUCACCCCUGGUGGAGCAGCGCACGGCUCUGCAAGCGGAGCUGGAGGAGUUGCAACGCCAGGCGGCAAUCACCGCCGCCGGGCUCACCAGCUCGGGGCUGUCAGGGGAGGCUUCGGCGCCGACAGCACCGGCCUCCGUCGGCAGCUCCUCCGGCGGCGAUUCGCUCAUACCAACGCCGCCGGAGCGCUUGCCUCAGGUGCCGUAUUCGUCUAGCGGCGGUGGUUCUUCAUCCUUGUAUGGCCCGCUGGGCCGGGGUGCACUGCCGAUGCUGCCGGAGGAUGGCGCCGGCGUGGGGGCGCGGCUUGAGCCUCAGGCACCGUUGCCGUCGGACCUGGCGUCGGCAACGUAUGAAGCAGACGCCAUCGCCGCGUUGGCACAGCAGCGCGGUGCGCUCACUGCGGAGGUGGAGGCGCUGCGAGCGCAGGUGUCGGAGAUUGGGGCGCUGCGGCAAGAGCGCGAUUCGCUGCGGGAGCUGGAGGCAGAGGUGAUGGCCCUGUCGGACGAGAUUCCUCUGCUGGCGCCUUAUGUCGAGUUGCUGCCGGCGCUGCGGGCGGAGCAUGAGCGGCUACGGGACGCAGUGGGGGAGGCGAAGCGCCUGCAUAGUGGUGUGGAGACCAUGACUCUGCAGCUGGACCUUAUGCGGGCGCUGCGAGAGGCGGCGUCGCCAGCAGCGCCGAUGGCGCAGGUCAUUAAGGGCACCGUCGACCCGCACCUGGCUGCGCCUGCAGGCGCUUACGACGUGGAGGACGACGAUGAGCAUGAAGAAGAUCAACAGGACGAAGCUGCAACACCUGACGGUGAGAGCAGGCCGGGCGCCGAGCCGAGCACCCCCGAGGCCAUGGCGGUGACGCCGGCGGGGGAUGGUGUCAGCGGCUCCCUCGGAGGUGUUGUUGGGCACACCCCGUCGGCGGAGGUGGAGUCGUCGCUAGCAGCAGUGUUCACAAAGAUCAAGUCGCUCGAGUCAGCCAAGCAAGAGCUGGAGGAGGAGAAUAUGGAGUUGAGGUCCAAUAUUGAAAACCUGAGGGAGCAGCUGGCAAGCAGCGCAGAGGCCAUGCAGAAGCUGCGAGGCGUGGCGGAGGCGCUCAACAUGCUGCGCCGGACCAGUAUUUAA